UACCCUCAGGUCGUUGCAACAAGGACGAGAUCGACUGUUUAGAGAGGUGGGGCAACUAGGACGAGUCAACCGUGAACGCGUGAAGUUAUUUCGAACAUCUCUUUCCACAGCUUUCGACCAAAUUUUCCUUCUUCUAAAGUUCUGCUUGAACAACCAUGUCUGCUAAAGGAAGGGGAAAGAUGGGCGGUGCAGAGAAAAUGACAGAGGAGCAGAUCGCCGAGUUCAAAGAGGCCUUCUCCUUGUUCGAUAAGGAUGGGAAUGGCAGCAUCACAACUGGAGAGCUCGGGACUGUCAUGAGAUCGCUGGGUCAAAAUCCAACUGAAGCUGAACUGCGUGAUAUGGUAAAUGAAAUUGACGCGGACGGAAACGGAACCAUAGACUUCCCAGAAUUCCUCACCAUGAUGGCUCGAAGCAAGAAGGAUGGCGACGAGGAAGGGGAACUGCGGGAGGCGUUUAAAGUGUUCGACAAGGAUGGUAAUGGGUUCAUCAGUGCUGCGGAGCUGCGUCACGUGAUGACCAACCUGGGAGAGAAGCUGACAGAUGAAGAGGUUGAUGAGAUGAUCCGAGAGGCUGAUGUAGAUGGAGAUGGGCAGGUUAACUACGAAGAUGUAUUCGAUCCUGAAACGUUUCUUUUGAUCAUAAAAGCCAUGGCCGACCAACUGACGGAGGAACAGAUCAGCGAAUUCAGAGAGGCCUUUGAGUUGUUCGACAAGGACGGGAAUGGUUCCAUCGAUGCAGGAGAACUUGGGACUGUCAUGAAAAGUCUUGGACAGAAACCAACCGAGACCGAGCUACAGGACAUGAUAAACGAGGUUGACACGGACGGAGACGGCACCAUAGAUUUCACCGAGUUCCUCACAAUGAUGACACAGAAGAUGAAGGACAUGCACAAGGAGGACGAACUGCGAGAUUCCUUCAAAGUCUUUGACAAGGAUGGUAAUGGUGUCAUCAGCGCUGAGGAGCUGCGUCAGGUGAUGACCAACCUGGGAGAGAAGCUGACAGAUGAAGAGGUGGAUGAGAUGAUCCGAGAGGCUGAUUUAGAUGGAGAUGGACAGGUGAACUUUGAAGAGUUUGUGCGGAUGAUGAAUGACAAGAGCAAGUAAAGGUGUCCUACCAGUCCUGGAUCCGCCACUCUUCCACCGAAAACACCAGACACUAUUAAUAUUGGCGCCGGUAUAAAAGUAAUAAAACCAACGUGGCCUAACAUGUAUCCUGACAUAUAGUAGUGACCUGUAUGUACUUAUCUGUAUCUUAUGGGCAAAAACGAUGAUUCAAAUUCAUUUAGACUUUUGACCAUUAUAAAGGCGAUCUACAUUAAACUCGUAAACUAUGUUAGGACCUUUUUGCAACAAGAUCCAACAUUGAAUCAAUAUUCCAUUUCCUGUAUUUGAACACACUAUGAUUAUAACACGCAUAUAUGACGCCAAAAAGCAGUUACUCAAGCAACCGGACACCGGACACCGGAUGCUUGUCUGAAGAGUCUGACCGUUUCCAAAAUCAUAUUCAGUUGCUUUAGUAUCUGUUUCUUUAGCGUAUCUUAUUACCUGGAUGUCUAACCUUCAUCGACGAAGCAUACGUGACAUUUUCGAUGCUACCUGAUAACGUGUUUACUAGAAAGGAGAAUAUUAGAGCACCUUGCAAGUGGAGAAGUGGUUUCCAAAUAUUCCAGAGUAGUUACAUUUUCUUAUUUAUUGGUGUUUCAGAAGAACAUAAUAUUAUUUAUCAUAUCAGUCAUAGGUCAAGUUGAAUAUGCUUCUUGAUUUUGACUUUAUUUAUUCGCAUAAAUUACAUUCAUUAGAAACAAAUCAAUAAGAUAUAAUAUACAGAACAAAAUAAUGCAGGGGGUGGCAGAAGCCUAUGUUCCUUUUUGUGAGCCCCCAUCCCCGAAACUAGAUCCUUUGAAAUGUUUAAAUUAUACAUAAUCGAAUAAAAUUUUGUUCAAUGCCUGCCUAAGUGCCUAGGCCAGGAGCGGAGCUAGGGGCCAGCCCCUGGCCAAGGCACUUAGGCAGGCAUUGAACAAAAUAACUCAUGACUUAAGAUAAAAUUUAAAUCAUAACAUAAUCCGUCAUGAAGUAUCGUAAUGAAGUUAGCUUACAAAUGAUCAAUGAAAAUACAAAACACAAUUUACAAAUUAUAAAGAAAUAAGUCGGACUUUUGCAAGAAUAAUAUUUUGAGUGAUUUGCUAUCAAAUUCCAAAGAAAAGGUAAAACAUGCAAAACAAACAAAUCAGGCAAAAGUUAUGCUUGGAUGGUCCAAGGAGGUUAAAAAAAGAGUCCUUGGAUGGUCAAUGAAAUCUACCCUUAGACGUUUUUCAAAACUGAGUAGUGAUUAGCAAGAUUGUUCAUGUUGGCUUAGAUUGCUCCAUACAUAUGGUGGGACUUUUUUGCAUUUGUUGUGUAUUUUUUGCACUAUUUGUGAUACUACUACAUCAGGCAAUCAUAUUAAAGAUAUUUUGGUUGAAUGA